AAAACAACCACAUCAAGGUCGGCGCUAGCUACUAAACCUCACGUCAUGGCUGCAACGAGGGAUGGGAUGUCAAAACCAGGGGAUGAUAUUGACCGGUUGGCUUUACGAAUAAGUCUUGCUGACAUUGAUGAACAGUUUGAAAAAAUCCUUCAAAAAUCUUUGGUUUUUAUCCUGAAGUAUUUGUCAAAGUAUGAAGAUCAUCGGAAAAAACUCAUGGAACUUCUCGGAGAUGUGACUCGGAGACUCAGAUGCAGACCUAAUAUUCAGGUUCCUGUGCACGAAUUAUUGUUAAGUUACAAUGAUCCGUCAAACUCUGUGUUUUUGGUUAAUUUCUCGCAUAUGUACAUAAGACUAGGAUUUCCGCGUCUACCUCUACGACAGAAAAUAAAACUCUUUCCAGUAUUAUUCGCAUCACUUUCUGAUGAUAAGCCUAUUUGUCAAAGAGACGGUUUACUUCAUUUAGUACUACCUGUUGUCGAUAGUCUCACCAAUGAAUUGGCUCCGCGUGACCCAUGUUUCAAUGAACUCAUAUACCAAAGACGUUACAUUACAGACUUUUUCUCCUUAGUGAUGCUUCUACCUUAUAAUUUUCAGAAAUUAGUCAGAUCAGAUAGAAGUGAUCCAACUAUACCAGACGGGUACAACUCCUUCGAUUUGGGUAGGAUGUUACACGAACAAUUUACCUGCAUAACAUCCGCUGAGGAACUGGAAAAGUACAAAGUGGGUAUCAUGACAUUUUACACACGCCGCUUUUUCCCCGCGGAAGAAAGUAUAAUACCAGUUCUUUUUGGUUAUGGAGACAGUCGCCAUUCAGUAGUCUCUAUUGCAGCAAAGGAACUUCGGACACUAAGCAUUCUUGUAGAUUGGGAGGAUGAAUCAUUGUUAAAUCGACUUCUAGCUUGGUAUCUUGGUCGUCGUCGAGAUUUUGAUCCCAAAGGACGCAAUGAGCCUCGUCGUCCUCUUAGCCCCAAUAUGCGCAUCAAACUUGGUCAUUAUCUUAUGCGUUCGCGUAUAACAUUUCCAGGCCCUUUAGCUUCUAGCUUAGUGGAAGCUGCUAUGCUAGCUCUUGAUCCGAGUUCAUUAGCACAGUCAAAUUUUCUUUCAAACUCUGGACAAAAGUGUACGGCUAACUGCAUUCAUGGUACGAUUGAGAAUGGUUCUACUUCAGAUAAUGAUUCUGCAACUUACGUACAAACGACUAGUAAGGCCCAAACAGAAGAAACAAUACCCGCCAGUACACCUGGAAAUCCUACUUGUUCUUCAACUUCAGUUAUUCAACAGAGGCGCUUAGCUGAGCAUGGGCUAGAUUUACUUUCUCAUCUCAUCAAUAAUGUCACGGCUCUAAAUGGAUCAGCAUCUGUCGCGGCUCUUCGAUGUCUUAUCAACUUUGCUUAUGAACGUACGAGCGAUGAGUUAACAUAUGUACGGGCAAGGGCUUUCGAAAUUCUUUCUCGCUUUCUGGCUCGUGACCCAAACUAUUUACUUAAAGACCCUGGUCAGCUACCUCGAUUGUUUGACGUCUUAUCUGAGGAGAAUCCCAAUGAACUGAAACUUGCUGCAGCUCAUUGUUUGAGAAGGCUAGCAGUCGCUUUACACAGUGCACAAAAACAAAAUUGUCUUUCUAUUCGAGGACACUUAGUUAAGUUGGAACGUCUUCUCUAUGAAAAUAUUGAGAAGGUAUUUUUCAAUUCCCGAUAUAUUUUCGAAAAUUUAUAAUGCAUAUUUUUUGAAGCCAUACAUAUUUCAUGUAGUUGUGAACAUUUUUUUGAUAUCGGCGUAUUUUCGAUAGUGUGAGAAUUUCUCCGUUCACCUUGACAGAAUUUUCCACAUUUGCAUGUGGGCAGUUUAUUUAUGAAGUCUGACCACAUAGGGUACUGAAUAUGCGCAACAGCAAUGAAGUUGUAGGGAUAACAGAUCGUAAUCAAGAUCCUGACAGGUACUCUAAAAAAUGGUAGUCUUGCACACAUGCCGGCAUUCGGUAGCUGAUCACAAUGUCACUACUCUCAGUCUAGACUGGACUUGCCAAUAUAGGAGGACAGGUAGAAUACUCGUCACGACUGUGUGAGCUACAAAACUCAACUGUCGAGACCUCUGGCAUACGGGCCUGCUCUUCAAAUAACGAGAUAUCUUCCUGCUGUUCUCAACUUAGCAUAAUUGUAAACUAUCUCGAAAUAGAACAGAUACUUUGAAAGACUAGAAAAUAAGUCACGGAAAAAAUCAAACACCACAAAUAUGAGGAGUUAAAGGUUAAGCUUACUUAUUGAUGAGAUGAGAAAGUAAAUCUAGCCCAUGCUCAGCUAAGCGCCUCUGUUGAAUAACUGAAGUUGAAGAACAAGUAGGAUUUCCAGGUGUACUGGCGGGUAUUGUUUCUUCUGUUUGGGCCUUACUAGUCGUUUGUACGUAAGUUGCAGAAUCAUUAUCUGAAGUAGAACCAUUCUCAAUCGUACCAUGAAUGCAGUUAGCCGUACACUUUUGUCCAGAGUUUGAAAGAAAAUUUGACUGUGCUAAUGAACUCGGAUCAAGAGCUAGCAUAGCAGCUUCCACUAAGCUAGAAGCUAAAGGGCCUGGAAAUGUUAUACGCGAACGCAUAAGAUAAUGACCAAGUUUGAUGCGCAUAUUGGGGCUAAGAGGACGACGAGGCUCAUUGCGUCCCUAAAAUUAGAAUGAACAGAGACAUGUUAAGUUACUAACAAAGAGAUUUAAAACAUAAAACAAAACGAAAAUAAUUGGUUCACGAAAAGAUCAUGGUAUGUGCCAAGUCUCUAAAUAAAAUCGAAGAAGAAAGAAUCAUUCUAAAAUUGUUUGAAAUACAAGGUUUUCUAGCAGAAGAUCACACACUAACUACAGUCAAAAAUUGUUAAAUUUGAGUAAAACUGGUAUGGUUUAACUCCACGAAGAUGAGCAUUGAUGGGAUAUGAGUCAGUCAGUGAGUUACAACGUAGGACCAGGCAAAUAUAUGCAUCGGUCCAAGUUGCCAUACCUCAUUAGCACAACAAGAUCAACAACAAAUUCAUAGAAGUAGUUACUUCAAUGAUAUCAAUAUAUAAAAGAAAGAUUGUUUAUGAGGAUAUAUUACAGCAAGAAAAAUAUGAAGCAAUUUUAAUCUCAAAGUUUAAGGGAAGACAAAGAGUGUAUACACCUAUACCACUGUGAUCGAUUCUGAGUCAUGUCACCAAGAAUCUCCAACCAUUGGUUACGAUAGUCACGCGGAC